GCGAGCGAGCGCGCGCGCACCCGAGCCCGCCACACUCGACUGGAACUCUGCGCGAGUGGUGACCGCGUGCCAAAAAACGCAACUGCCGUUCACUUGGCUCGCGACGCUACACCUGAGCGGACGUUGUAACUCGCGCCGCGGCACAAGCAAACGCGCGAAACCACAAGACAAGACCAAGAAAGUACAUUCGGUGGCGUAGAAAGUUCGGUGUGCAAGCGCGUGCAAGAAGUGUGCGAGAGAAGGGCCAGGACGAGAAGGGUGGCCACGGUUCGGAAAUUCCCACGUUUUUCCCCCCAGCGACCGAGCGGAAUGGAAAAUCGAAGCUACGUCGGUGAUGAAACCUGGAAUGCCGACACGCUGCCGGUUGGGGGGCUUGCGGGCAACCAGCCCCACCACCAUCACAACCAUCAUCACAAGCAUCACACUACGGUCGAUCUGAAAGCACCGCAAUCCACCAGCGACGAAAAGCCUCCACUUCGGGAGAAAUGGGGCCGCAACAUCGAGUUCCUACUCUCCUGCGUCGCCCUGUCGGUGGGCUUCGGCAAUGUGUGGCGCUUCCCGUACACAGCGUUCAAGAACGGUGGCGGUGCGUUUGUCAUCCCGUACCUGAUCGUACUGUUCAUCAUCGGACGCCCGAUCUACUAUCUCGAGAUGGUGCUGGGUCAGUUUUCCAACCGUGGCUGCGUUAAGGUGUACGACCUAGCACCUGCCAUGCGUGGUAUCGGUGUCGGUCAAACGGUUGCCAUCUUCACCGUCAUCACCUACUAUGCGUCGGUGCUGGCCGUCACCCUGCGGUACCUGGUUGCCUCGUUCAAUCCCGAGCUGCCCUGGGCUAAGUGUGACCCAACCUGGCCAGACUGUGUCGAUUCUAGCCGGCUCGGUAGCAUUGCGCUUGGACCGAACGUAACGCAACCGAAAACCUCUGCCGAUCUGUACUUCCGCAAAACGGUAAUGCAUGCCGCUGACUCACUGGACGAUGGGUUGGGAUAUCCCGACUGGCGGCUGGCACUAUGCCUAGUCGCUUCCUGGAUUUGCAUCGUGGGCAUCCUGAUCAAAGGCAUUAAGAGCUCCGGUAAGGUUUCGUACUUCCUUGCCAUCUUCCCGUACAUCAUCAUUGCCGUCCUGCUGGUGCGCUCUCUAACGCUUGAAGGUGCCUGGACGGGCAUCAAGUACUUCUUCGAGCCCCAGUGGGACAAGCUGCUCACGAUCGAAGUGUGGUACGAAGCCGUCACCCAGUGCUUCUUCUCGCUGACCAUCUGCUUCGGUGGACUGAUCGUAUAUUCGUCCUUUAACGACUUCUCCAACAACAUCUACCGCCAUGCGCUGAUCAUAACCUCACUCGACACUGUCACUUCGCUGGUGGCCGGGUGCGUUGUGUUCGGUGUGAUUGGCCAUCUAGCUCACGUCACCGGUCAGACGGACAUCUCCAAAGUCGUCCAAAGUGGCCCAGCCCUUACCUUCAUCACCUACCCGGACACGAUCGCCAAGUUUGACUUUCUGCCGCAGUUCUUCUCGGUGCUGUUCUUCUUCAUGCUGUUCCUGCUCGGCAUCGGUACGCUGAUCGGUAUCGUAACGUCCGUGAUUACCGCCAUCCACGACCAGCGGCCGGACAUUGCGCGAUGGAAGAUCGUGAUCUCGGUCGGGCUGGCAGGGUUCUGCAUUGGGUUGGUCUACAUCACACCGGGUGGUUUGAUCAUACUGGAGCUGCUGGAUUACUACGGUGCCACACUGGUAACCAUAACGCUGGCCGUCUUCGAGCUGCUCACCUUUGCCUGGAUCUAUGGCGUGAAUCGGGUCUGCAAGGACAUUGAGUUCAUGCUUGGCAUCAAGACGGGUCUGUUUUGGCGCGUUUGCUGGGGUAUCGUGACGCCUAUCACGGUGCUGUUCAUCCUGCUCGUCAGCUUGGUCCAGUACAAGCCGCAGAAUGUCCCGCUCGGUUACAAUGCUCUCGGCUGGUGUCUGUAUGCGUUUGCCGUUCUGCAGCUGCCCUGCUGGGCCGUUUACGCCAUUCUGCAGAAGCAGGGUCUGGUGUGGUGGGAUCGCUGCAAAGCCGUCCUGCGACCCAUGGCCGACUGGGGCCCGGAAGACCCUACCAAGCGGUCCGAGUACGGCACUUUCAUCGAGGAGUACAAACAGCAGUCGGUUAUGGACCGCACCGGCAACCUGGUGGAGAAGGUUCGAAGAAAACUGUUUAAGUAAUGGGCCGCGCGUAUUUGUAGAACUGUGAUUAAUUGUAACCCUAGCGCAGUGCGUGUGAUUGCCACUAAAUGUGUAAUAAAAAGAAUCUGUAUUUCUAUUUUUAAUAUUGAAA